UGCGGCGAGCUCCCAUUCUCAAAUGAGAGUGCGCGCGGCGCGGCCGUCUCCAAGAGGCGUGCGCGCGCUCGACGGGCUGCGGUCCCAUUGACUAUUCCGUCUCCCUGACAGCGGCAGCAUCAGCAGCGCGAGCUCGGAAAACAGAGCGCCGCGCGGACUCCGCCUUUGCUCCCAUCAUCCCACCCGAGAUCCAGAGCUCCGAGGCGGCUUCAGCAGCAAGCCCAAGACCCCCUCGUCGACUCGCACUUCUCCUCCUGAUCAGAUAUGGACUACCCUUAACUGGACCUGGAGGGGAGAGGCAGGCGGGCGGGCGGGGGGUGGGGGGGAGAGAGACAGGAGAAAAAGCCGUAUAGGAAGAGAAGCACAACCGUGGGUGCCCGCCGCAACGAUGAACGGUUCGCCACGCUCACGACAACCGCAGAUAAGCCAUCGAACUAUGUCCUGAAUAGCGGUUUAGAUAGCUGGGAUUGUGCACCGACCAUACAGGGGUAAAAUAUGUCCGCCUCGGUGGGGCCCCGCGGCGGCCCUCGCCCACCCACAGCGCAGAGCUCCAUGCCCGAUCUACCGGACCUCAGUCACCUCACAGAGGAGGAGAGGAAAAUUAUUAUGGCUGUGAUGAUUCGGCAGAAGGAGGAAGAGGCAAAGGAUGAGGCCAUGCUCAAAGAGGAGAAACCCAUACAAGCAAAAACGGUGAACCUGGUCGGAAACAAGAAACCACCUCAGCAGAACGACAUCAGACUGUUUAACCCCUGGAUGUGGAAAUGUGUUAUUGUGAUGGAAUUCAUCAUGUUCCACGUUUCCUGGAAUGCGACUUCUCUGCUGCCCACUAAUUCCCCAGAUCAUGGGCUGCUUGAGGAAAGAGGAAAAAGCAAACCAGAAAUCACCUAUUGA